CACUGCCAAGUUGCCAUCAGCCAGAUAACAACUUUUCACGAGACGAUGAGCAGGUGGUACAGUAAGUGGAACGUGCGUAAGAAAUCGAAGAAAUUGAAUUAUCAGUUUAAGCUGGAUGCGCACGCUUAAUGCUUCAGUGCUGGUGUCUAGUGGCGAGUUUCUUUCAAGUAAAGGUGUUGUUUUGAUUUACAAAAAAUGGAGUCCCUAGUCGCCGCACCUGCUUCUAUCAGAAGGAAAAUCAUUAUUGAUACGGACUGUGGCACGGAUGACGCGCAAGCUAUCUUGCUGGCCUUGGCGGAACCGACGGUGGAUGUUAUUGCGCUGACAUGUGUGGGAGGGAAUACAGUUCUGGAUAACGUUUGCAAAAAUACUGCCAAAGUCCUGACGGUCACCGAUCGGCGUGACGUUCUCGUAUACCGGGGUUGUGCUGCUCCGCUCAUUGGCAAUGCCGAAUCGGCGAACUUCUAUCACGGACACGACGGUCUGGGUGACUGUGAUCCGCAUGUGUACCCCGACGUGGAAGUCAGACUGCAGCCUGAGCCUGCGGCGGUGGGAUUGAUUAAUCUGGCCAAACGCUAUCCGAAAGAAUGCACUCUUGUGUGCUUGGGACCGCUGACCAAUGUGGCCCUCGCCAUGAAGCUGGAUGCGGAGUUCACACAGAACCUGAAAGAACUAGUCAUCAUGGGCGGAAAUCAUGAAGGUCAAGGCAAUCAUUCAGCAUCUGGUGAAUUCAAUUUUUACUAUGAUCCGGAAGCGGCCAGUAUUGUGUUGAGUGGUGCGGAGUGUCCGGUAACGACAGUCGGGUGGGAAGUGUGCCUGAUGCCCGAAAACCAGUUUAAAUCGGAAUGGUUGGACAAAUUCUACAACACCAACGAGCAGCCAACCCCGCAAGGCCACUUCCUCCACCGCAUCCACGAGCGCGUUAUCGAGUAUCUGCGGUCGAAACACGUUGAAAACCCGGAGAACAUGGCUAUGACGAUGUGCGAUGAAUGGGCGGUGGCGGUUUGUAUCGAUCCGUCCAUUUGCCGGCGCUCGCAGAUCUGGCCCACCCGCGUCGAACUGUCCGGCAAAUAUACGCGCGGUCAGUGUGUCGUGGACAAGCGGAAUUACUGCCUGCCGGCGGAGGGAAAACGCAACGUCCGUCACGUUCUGUCGUUGGAUAUUGAAAAAAUGAAGGAGCGAUUAAUUACUAUGUCACAACUGAAGGCAUUUCCCAGGCCGUUCAAAAGCAGCGAAUAAUGGGAAACUGGAAAGACUUGCUUCCUAUGAAUAACUGUCCGCUUUUGCAGAAACAUUAAUGGUUUGACAACUUUGACUGCAUCUCUGUUUUUCAGGAAUUAAAAUACCAUCAUAGUUCUUCUAAACAGAUUUAAUUUUGCAUUUUGUGAAGCGUGAUAAUUAAUACUGGGAAAUUCAAAAUACCAUGAGUUUUGGUUAACUGAUAAUUUAUUUUUCUCGGUGACAUACGAAUACGGUAAAUGAGAAGAACAAAAACGUUCACGAAA